AUGGAGGAGCUCCGCAAGUAUCUUGACGAGAACCUCGCGAAGGGCUUCAUUCGGCCCUCGAAGAGUCCAGCACGCUCUCCUGUGCUCUUCGUACCGAAGAAGGAUGGAGGUCUGCGCUUAUGUGUGGACUACAGAGGCCUCAACGAGGUCACCGUCAAGAACCGAGCUCCCCUCCCCCUCAUCGAGGAGCAACUCUUCCUCCUCCGCAACGCCAAGAUCUACACGAAGCUGGAUCUCAAGGCGGCGUACAACCUGGUACGCAUCGCUGACGGCGACGAAUGGAAGACGGCGUUCGGCACUCAGCUCGGCCUCUAUGAGUACCUCGUGAUGCCGUUCGGGCUUGCCAAUGCCCCCUCUCACUUCCAGUCACUCGUCAACAGCAUCUACAGGGACAUCAUUGGCAUCUACGUUGUGGUGUACUUGGACGACUUCCUCAUCUUCAGUAACACAGAGGAGGAGCACGUCGCCCACGUACGAGAGGUACUCAAGAGGCUCCGCGAACAUCGCUUGUUCGCCAAGCUCUCGAAGUGCUCGUUCCACACAGACACCGUGGAGUUCCUGGGCUACAUCAUCACGCCGCGAGGCAUCGAGAUGGACCAGGAGAAGGUCCGAACCAUCAAGGAGUGGCCGCUGCCGCAGUCGAUACACGACAUACAGCGCUUCCUGGGGUUCGCUAACUUCUACAGGAGGUUCAUCUCCCACUUCGCUCGGAUCACUAGGCCUCUGACCGAGCUCGUCAAGCCGACGGAACGCUUCAAGAAGUUCCAACUCCCGGACGCUGCUGUCCAGGCUUUCCAUCAGCUCAUCGAGGCCUUCACCACGGCGGGUGUGUUGAGGCACUUCGACUAUCACAAGCCGACUUGCCUCGAGACGGAUGCCAGCGACUUUGCCUUGGCAGGGGUCCUCAAACAGGAGACCGAGAAGCGAUGGCACCCCGUGGCGUUCUACUCGCGCAAGAUGACCUCGGCGGAGAAGAACUACGAGAUCCAUGAUAAGGAGCUUCUCGCCAUCGUUGCCUGUCUAUAUCAGUGGCGCCACAUGCUCGCCGGGCUGCCAAAUCAGUUCGCUGUGCUCUCGGACCACGAGGCGCUCAAGUACUUCAAGGCACAGCGCCGCAUCAGCGGCCGUCAAGCUCGAUGGUCAGUACUACUGGCUGACUUCGACUUCGUGGUUCAGUACCGGCCAGGGGACAAGGCCGGCGAGCCGGACGCACUCACUCGGCGCUCAGACAUGGAGCCCUCGGAGGCGGAGCAGAAGCACAACGUCCGUCAGCUACUCCAUCCCAGGAUGUUCGAGGUCGACGCCGCCACUUCGGCAGAAGGCAGUACAAAUCCGACCGAAGUCGGCGAGCUCGGCACAGUUCGCAGUACCCCUGCCGAGUUUGCCGCCAGGAGCCCAUCGCUCAUCUCGAUGGCCGCUAUCGUCGAAGGUGGCCUUACGGCGCUGGUGCGAACCUUCCAGCCCCUCGAUAUCGAGCUACUUGAGCUCCACAAGAGCACACCGUUCGAGCUCAAGGAUGGUCUCUGGUACCGAGAGGGCCGUUUG